ACAACAUGGCGACCUUCGGUAGAUUUGCUUUUCGUCGUAUUUCGGCACCAUCUCGUCAAGUGUUGAGACAGUUAUCCAAUAAAAGCAAUGGUUCACAAUGGACUCAAUAUUUUAGGAAAUCAAGGCUUCCAUGGCUUGGACCCAUUGGGGCUGGUGUGACACUUGGGUUUCUGGGUCUAUUCAACACAGAAGAAGUGCUCACGGAUAAAGAAAAAAUCCAGAAAAUUGUUGCCCGUGGAAAAGUAGCUUGCCAGAACCAACAGUUUGACCAGGCCAGAGAAGCCUUUCACGAGGCACUGAGAACAUCAUCCGAUUUCAAAGAUGAGAAAAAAAUCACUGAAAAUGAGCAUCUUAACCACAGAGUAUACAUUUAUGAUCAGAUAGCAAACAUGUUGUUAGACACAGGAGAUUUUGAGAAUGCUGAAAAAGUUUUUAAGGAUACAAUGAAGCUUGCUGUGGCAUUAGGAAUGGCCUUGAAUGACAAUGCAAUGAUUGAAAUGUCUCUAAAGCUUGCCACUAUAUAUUUAUACACAGGUAGAUUUAAUUUAGGAGUGGAAGGAGUUAGGUACUGUAUAGAUGAACAGGAAAAGAAGUUGCAAGAUCCUGUUGUGGAGAAAAAAGAUGAUAUUAACAAUGACUCUAAACAAGUUGAUACAAAAGCUCUCAAGGAGGAAAACACAAACACUAGAGUGUUACUAGGGAAGGCAUACCGUCAUCAUGCAAACUUCUACAUGCAGCAGAGGCAUUUCAAAGAAGCUAAAGAUAUAAUGGUCAAAGCAUUGGAAAUGUCAAGGUCAGCUCUUGGUACAGAUGAUGAUAACUCUUUCGUUAUUAUGAACGAUAUUGCUACCUGUGACAUUAUGCUUAAAGACUUUAAAGGGGCAGAGAUGCUCUUAAAAGAGGGCAUUGCAAAGAGCGGAAAGGCAAAGAGCCUCAUUCAGUCAGCAUUUUAUUCCAAUCUUGGAGCUCUGUAUAUAAGAACGCAAAAAUAUGAGGAAGCGGAACAUGCGUGUAGGAGCGGGUUGACGAUUGCCAAAAGACACAAUGAUCAGACAUUCAUUAUGCCAUGCAAAGCUUGCCUAGUACGACUAGCCCAGAUCCAUAAGAGCAUUCUUAAGAAGGAAGAAGAGGAGGAUUAGAUGGAAAAAACAGUGAUAAAUGUUUGCACCAUCUUAAAUUUAUUAUUUGGAUAUUAAAUACUAGUACAUUACUAGUAUAUUUUACAUAACUAAGACGUUUAACUGAUUUAAUUGAGUGUGGCUGUAAGUUUGAACGUUAAUUUGCUGUAUGUUUUUUUGAAAGAGGAGUUUGACCUUUCCAAACAAUUCCAAAAUUUAACAUUUUUAAAGAAUUUACAACAGGAAAUGUUUAUACAAGCUGUUGAAAAUGACCCAAGUUAUGAUAGUGAUUAUGUCAGAGGUUAUUUGUUGGAUUCUCUAAAAUUACUUUUCAAAAAUUACUGUUCAAUGAACUGAUAUAUUGAAUGUAUGUCAAAAUGCCCUAGUCCUUUAUAUUGAAUGUAUGUCAAAAGGCCCCAGUACCUGAAAGGACAAGUUUAAAAGAGGCUCAGUCAAAAAUGCAUACUUUUUAGCCAGAUAUUUUGUGAUAUAUCAAACUUAAUUACGGGUUAUACAUUGGCAAAAACUGAGCAUGCAUGCAUGUGUUCCUGUGUCUAACAAUUUACGAUAAUUCCUUUUUACUUGUCAUCAAUACAGAAGUUUUAUGUGAUUUUCAUGAAACUUGGUUAGAAUAUUAUUUCAUUCAUAAAUUCAACAGUGUUCGUUUUAUUAUCUUCAAGAAUCUAAUUCUGAAUAUCCUCAGCGUGAAAGAACAAGUGUGAAAAGUGGUCAAAUCGGUCAAGAACAGGUCACUAGGUCAAAUCAAGAAAACAUGUGUUCAUGAAACUUGGUCAGAUUAUUUGUCUAUAUGAUGAUUAAGAACAUCGGAAUAUUGAUCAUCUCAGGUUAAAAACAAGGUCACUAUUUCAAAUAUUAAGACAAAAAAUUAGACAUAACAUCCUGCUGUCAAAAUGAAAAAUCUAGCUUCAUGUGGUUUCUGUAUUAACCCCUUGUUGUUGCUUUCUGGUGAUAAUUCAAUCUUGUAAUAUGAAUUCCCACAUUUCAAACCCUAUAAUAUACACGUAAGUAUAGCUAUUUAAAGAGUUUAAAUUUGUGUUCCUCUGUUGCCUUUUUCUGAUGUCUUUGUUAUUCUUUGUUUUUGUUCAUAUUGAAUGAAAAUUGCUGUUCAUUUCACAGAAAAAAUAAAAUUUAGUUAA